CAAUAGCAUGUCCACGUAACUCUCUCCAUAAAUGUAGAUGUAAAAUCAAAUUCAAACUCCUAUAAACCUAAUUCAAUUGAAACAGAAGCACCAUUAAAACCCUAACUUCACAGGCCGGCCCGAUUCCUAAUAACCAAUUUCUCUAACUACAUUCUUGCAGAAACCCCAACCCUUGAAUUCCUGUAGAAUACUUCUUGAAAAAAUGGAUCUUUGCACAGCGAAAACCAUAUCCAAUCAUCACGUCUCAAACCCCAGACUCUUCACUCCCAAGCAUACUCAGUCCACUCUCCAAUUGAAAACUCUUUACCCUCUUUCUUUCAAUCAAAUCUCGAUUUGUCUCUCCAAUCCAGGGGUGAGAUACUAUAAAAAUUCAUCUGUAAGGUCAACCACGUCCGAAGAAACUUCGAGUGAGACAACCCCAAACGAUAAAGAUGAAACUGAUUUUCAGUCGCAUGAAGUCCCGCAAGAAGAUUCUUGGAUGUAUAAUCCAAUGCAACUGUUUCAGUUUUUUGAGAAACUCGAUAUAGAGAUUGAUUAUGAAGAAGCAUAUUAUUUUCUUGUGUUUGGCAGUGGUGGUGUAGUUUUAUAUUGGAUAGCAGCCUCUAUCGUUCAUGCAAUUGAUUCUAUUCCAGUGUUUCCUAAAGUGCUGGAACUUGUUGGUCUUGCCUACACCAUCUGGUUCACCUCCCGCUAUCUUAUCUUCAAGAAAAAUAGGGACGAGUUGGUUUCCAAAGUUGAAGAGAUUAAGCAGAAGAUACUUGGUUCGUGGGAUAACUAACUGGGUAACGAUAAUGUUUGCGUCCCGAGCUUUUAAAUUCAGCAUGUAAUGUUGAGCCUAUUUCGUGUACAAAAAGAAGGGGCCUUCUUGUUUCUUGGAUAAGUUUUGUAAUGGCACUGUACCUUUCUUGUUUACAUUUGGAAAUCAAAGUUAAAUAAUUCAAUAAUGAUUAGGAUUGGCGAUCUCUAGGACGUUUAGAUU